GAGCGCUGGGCGCCGCGGAGGCUGCGCGGAGGCAGCGGGUUGGUCAGGCCGGAGUGGCCCAGGGGAGGACGUGAACAGGGUCGGACCAAGAUGGCGGUGCAGGUCGUGCAGGCGGUGCAGGCGGUGCAUCUGGAGUCUGACGCCUUUCUCGUUUGUCUCAACCAUGCUCUGAGCACAGAGAAGGAGGAGGUGAUGGGGCUGUGUAUAGGGGAGUUGAAUGAUGACACAAGGAGUGACUUCAAAUUUGCACACACUGGAGCGGAAAUGCGCACAGUUGCUGAAAAGGUUGACACCGUCAAGAUUGUUCAUAUUCAUUCAGUCAUCAUUUUGCGACGUUCUGAUAAGAGGAAAGACCGAGUAGAAAUUUCUCCAGAGCAGCUGUCUGCAGCCUCAACAGAGGCAGAGAGAUUGGCUGAACUAACAGGUCGCCCUAUGAGAGUUGUGGGCUGGUAUCAUUCUCAUCCUCAUAUAACCGUUUGGCCAUCACAUGUUGAUGUUCGGACACAAGCCAUGUAUCAGAUGAUGGAUCAAGGCUUUGUAGGACUUAUUUUUUCUUGUUUCAUAGAAGAUAAAAAUACAAAGACUGGCCGGGUACUCUACACUUGCUUCCAAUCCAUACAGGCCCAAAAGAGCUCAGAGUACGAGAGGAUCGAAAUUCCAAUCCAUAUUGUACCUCACAUCACCAUUGGGAAAGUGUGCCUGGAGUCGGCAGUAGAGCUGCCCAAGAUCCUGUGCCAAGAGGAGCAGGAUGCAUAUAGGAGGAUCCACAGCCUUACACAUCUGGACUCAGUAACCAAGAUACAUAAUGGCUCAGUGUUUACCAAGAAUCUGUGCAGUCAGAUGUCAGCAGUCAGUGGGCCUCUCCUGCAGUGGUUGGAAGACAGAUUGGAGCAAAACCAACAGCAUUUACAGGAGUUGCAACAAGAAAAGGAAGAGCUUAUACGAGAACUUUCUUCUCUAGAAUAAAGUGGGAGACAACAUGGGGAAAGAUGAAAAUCCAGUAUAAAAUUAAUUAAGCUAAAUCAGUUUUGAAUAAGAAAAUGUUGGAGGACUCACAUUACCUGACUUCAAGAUUUACUAUAAAGCUACAGUAAUCAAGAUGAUGUGGUAUUAGCAGAAGGAAAGACACAUAGGUCAAUGGAACAGAAGAGAAAACCCAUACAUAUCCCCAGCUGAUUUUCACAAUAUGUAAAAGCAAAUCAAUGGAAGAAGGAUAGCCUUUUCAACAAAUUAUACUGGGCACCCGUAGGCAAAAAUAAAUGAAACUUUACCUAGACCUCACACGUUAUGUAAAAGUUAACUCAGAAUGUAUCAUGGACUUAACUGUAAGAUGUAAAAUGAUAAAACUUUUAGAAAAGAAAUCAUAGGAGAAAAAUCUGAAGGAUUUUGGACUAGGCAAUAAGUUCUUGGGCUUCACCCCAAAAGCAGGAUGCAUAAAAGGGAAAAGAUGAUGUAUCAGAAUUCAAAGAAUUAAAUUUUUUUCUCUGUAAAAAAGUUAAGAAAAAGACAAGCUACUUGCAAACCAUAUGUCUGAUCAGUCUGAAAUAAAGCGUGCUUGAAACUCAACAACAACAAAAAAUCUAAUUAGAAAAUAGGCAAAAAAAUGCAUAUAAAUCUUUCACUAAAGAAGAUAUAUAUAUGGCAUGUACAAACACAAGAGAUGGGUAUGAA